AUGCCGCCGAAGACCCCGAAGACCCCGGCGAAGGGAAGGACCCCGGCGAAGGGCCGGUCGAAGUCAACGGAUGCCGCCGCCCCGUUCGGCGCGUCCCCCGCGGCGCUGCUCGGCGCGCUCGUCGCGGUCGUCGUCGCCGUCCUCCUCGCGACGUCGAAUCUCGGAUCGACGAUCGCGGCGACGCUUCGCGGGUCCGCCCCCGGCGAGGACGCGUCGCCCGGCGGCGGCGGCGGCGCGCCCCCGGCGUCGCCCGCGAGUUCACCGGCGUCAUCACGCACGCCCGCACCAGGAGCCGGCGCCGCGCCCGCGAGCCUCGGAGAUGACGAGACCGCGCGCCUGAUCGCCUCGGUCCUUCCGCGUCGGUCGGCCAAAUCGUCCGAGGGGGGCGUGGCGGACCACGACCUCUCGCUGAGCGACGACGCGUCCAUCGCCGCGCUCGGUGGACCCGCCGCGGUGGCCGCGAUGUCCUCCCCGGUCAUGCUCAACACGGCGAACUUCGCGGACGCGCUGAAGGGGCGCGUCGCCGUCGUGCUGUUCCGCUCGGUCGCCACCAAGCGGAUCCGGCAGGUUCGCGAAGCCAUCACGCAAUCUUUCGAGCUCAUGCCCCCGGGCGCGGUGACGCUCUUCGGGGAGGUGGACGUCAAGUCCGACAGUCUCCUCCGCCUCCGAUACAGCCCCGGCAUCGAGUACGCCGGCCGCGGGGACUCGCGUAAGAAGGGCGAGCGUAAGAAGCGUCUCGGCGCUGACGACGACGAGGACGGGUACGAGUUUGGCCGCAAGCGAAUGCUCCUCCGACAGAUGCAGAUCACGCUGUUCCGCGGGCUCACCCCGGUGGGCGUGUUUCGGGACCCCGCCACCCCGUUAAACAUCGCGGCGUUCGCGUCGAGCGCGGCGCUCGCGCGCGGCCACGUCGCGCGGCUCUCCCGCGACUGCGCCAACCGUUGGCUCUCAUGCGCGACGCCGUCCAGGCCAGUCGUGCUCGCGUGCGCCAGCCGCGACGAGGCGGCGACGGUCGCCUCGCUCGACGCCGCGUUCAACCGGGAUGAAACGUCGGCACCCGGGGAUGAAAAGUCGGCACCCGCGGUGGUUCGUUCGCGGCGCGUGCGUGUCGGGUACUUGCCCGACGAGAAGGAGUGCGCGUCUGUCGUCGGCUGGCGAGGUCCCCCCGGCGGCGGCCGCGAGGCUCGGGUGUUCACCGCGCCGCUCGAGAAGCUUCCGGCGAAGGAGGGCGACGCGGCGGUGGUGCCGCUCCGGCUUCUCGGGGAGGCGGUCGACGACGUAUCGGGCGUGGACGCGGUGCGAGUUUCGUGGGAGAACGAGUACGAUUCGUUCGUGGGCUCCGACGCUCCGAUGCGAUUCAAGCCGCUGGUGGUUUUGCUUCGACCGAACGUGGACUCUACGCUGGGUGUGAAAGUGGGCGCCGGGGCGAUCAAGGCGAGCGAGGACGCGCUGCGCGCCGCCAUGCGCCUGCUCCCGCCGGCGCGCAGGCGCAUGACGCACUGGUUCAUCGCCGACGUCGACGCGUACAGGGGCUACCUCUGGAAACCUUGCGACAAACGCGGCGGGUGCGGCGAAGCUUUCGUCGUCGCUUACAUACACCCCAGCGAGGACGACAGGUCCGAGGGUGCGUACCUCGAGGCGCUCGACACCGAAGAGGAGCGGCGGGAGGAAGCCAUCGCCGCGAACGUCGUCGACGCGAGCGACGCGGCGACCGCUUCGCUCGAUCCCGCGGAGCUCGCGAGAAAAGUUAAUCUGUUGAUCGACACCUCCGCGGUGAUGAUGGGCGGCGUGGAGCGCGCCGCGGCCAGGGCGGACGAGCUCGAGGCGAGGUUGCAAGUGUUCGAGCAGGACGGCCGCCGCAACCAGGAGCACGACUUGGAGGAGGAGGAGGACGAGGAUGAGGAUGAGGAGGACGGGGAGAAGAAGGAGAAGAAGGAGAAGAAGGAUGCGGAGAAGCCGGCGGAUCCGGACGAGUUCGACUUCCCCACCCUCUUCGACGAAUCCAAGAGAGGGAUGGCCCAGAUGCGCAUGCACGCCGUCGUCAACCACUGCAACCACUGGGCGGACGCCAUCAAGAACGUCCAGGAAUACGUGGACUCUUUAUCUCCCGAGGAGCGCGAGAAGCGAACCGCCGUCGUCAACGGCGUGGCCGAGAUUGACGCGAUGAUCAGGGCGUGCCACGGCGAGUCGAUCCUGGAUCACCCGAAGGACCUGGAGGCACUCGCGCAGGCGGGCAAGUGGCGGCGGUUCAAGAAGGAGAUCGAGGACUUGUACAGCAAGCGCGUGCGCGCCAAGGUUGCCGAGCUCUCGAGCACGCCGGGUGCGAUAACGCAACAGACGGUGAGCGAGCUCGAAAAGAUUCAGGAUUCCAUCGGGAAGGCGUUCGCGGCGAUGAUCAAAGACGCCGAGGCCGAGCUCAUCGCGCGGACGCCCGGCGGGCGCGACGGACUGAGGCUGACCACCACCCCCGUGCCCGUCAAGCACGCGGACGACCUCACCUUGGAGGAGUUUGUCGAGGAACACGCCAUUCCCGGAAAACCCGUCGUCAUCCGCGGCUUGAAGAUGAUCAACCCGGCGCGGCCGUGGACGCUGGAGCACAUCGCGGACGCGUGCGGCGGCGUCAAGGUCGGGCUCAACACCAAGUCCGCCACCACGACAAACUGGGGCGGGCUCGUCGACGCCGGGCGAAUGCCUCUGAACGAGUUUGCGCGAAGAGUCGAAACCGACCCGGCGCUUCGAACGUGGUACCUGCACGACUGGUCCCUGAACCGGUACUGCCCCGCCAUCUUCGGCGAACCGCCGUACGACGAGUUCACCAUGCCCAAGUACUUCGCGGGCGAUUACUUCCAGAGGGUGCCGUGGAUCGGGUACGAGCAGACGUGGCCGAGUCUGUUCAUCGGCGCAAACGCCACGUCGUCGGCGCUGCACGUCGACUCGGGGGCGACGAACUUCUGGAUGUACCUGAUGAGUGGGAAGAAGCUUUGGAGGUUCUGGGACCGCGAGCAGCUGUUCAACCUGUACCACAAGCCCUUCACCGCGCACUUCCGGUUCAGGGCUUUCGAGAUCGACUUGUCCAGAAACCCGCUCCUGGCGGACGCGCCCAUGUACGAGGUGGUUCAGGAACCAGGGGAUCUCGUCUUCGUCCCCGCCAACUCGCCGCACGCGGUGCACAACCUGGACGACAUCACCGCGCUGUCCAUGAACUACGUGGACAGCACCAACCUGUGGCUGUACCUCGCCGAUCUCGUCAAGGAUGAGGCGUGGGAGGAGAUUGAGAUGUUCGACGUCGACACGGCGCCGUUUGGGCUCGUCAAGUCGCAGAAGGAUCUGAGCUUCGGGGAGUUUAAGAGCCAGCGGGUGACGUGGGAGCGGCGGAACGCGGAGUACCGCGCGGGCGAGAGGUUCGCGAAGGGCGAGAGGGUGCCGGUGUGGCUGGACUGA